AGCACCCACACCCGCCACACACGAACAAAGAAUGGCUCCUCCGCAGGGAGCCCGCACAUCCCUGGUGGGGGACGUGCAGCCGCUGCCCGUCAUCGUCGAGGAUGAGCCCGGCGGCCACGACGCAGCGGCACCGGCGAUCCCGCCGAGGUCGGCGCGCCGCUCAGUUCAGGGCGGCAGCAGCCGCUCGGGCUACAGGAUUCUCCCACCGUUAUUGCCGUCGCCGUCGCCGGCGUCGCACGACGGCAGCGGGCGUGGGUGGGAACGACAGCAGCGGCAGGAGCAGUCCUGUCCACCCCCGCCCUCGUUCGCCCACGCCGGCAAGAGGAGGAUGAGGGACGAGCUCGCCGAGCACAAGGCCGAGCUCGGCGGCGGCAGCAGCGAUGUCGUCGAGGUGGAGCCCGGCCGGCGCCCCUGGCUCGCGAGGAGGGGAGACUGGUGCAGGGCCUGCCUUGCGGCGCUGGCCCUGGUUUUGACCAUCCUGGGUGUUGGCCUGGGUGUGGGGCUCGGGCUGCGCCCGGGGCAGAGAAAUGAAGCAAGACCAAGCCCAGUACCACCCGGCGGGGUUGACCAGUUCCCGGCGAUGCUGUUCCCCGCCGGGUCAUACUCGUUCACCGGGGCACUCACCGGCGUCGUCAGCAACUGCACCGUCGAGCCCGCCGCCUUUGGCUGCUACCCGUUCAGCACCUACAACCGAUCGUCGCCAAACACGUCGGCCACAACCUUCCAGUGGGUCAUCAGGCCGCUCGGGGGGCUGCACUACUCCAUCUCGUCGUCGGCCAACCCCUUUGCGCCGCGGUUCGCCAACGUCUCGGCGAGACUGGUCGACGUCGGCACCACGUCGGAGCGCUUCGCCUUCAACUUUACUUUCUCCAAGGCCUUUGCGCCGACCAAGCGCCUGACCGGCGGCCAGGGGGGCGGGGGAGCCGCGGCGACCAUGUGCUGGUACAACAGCACCGUCGUCGAGGCCACCGUCUGGACCAGGGAGCUUGCCAGCUACCAGACCGGGGUUGCCGACGCGCCCCAGCCCGUCAACGCGACCUGGAACUUCGACCCGUGGCCGUUCCGGUUCAACAUGACGCAGAGACAGGUGGCCGGCGCCAACGUGCCCGACUGCCGCGACUUUGACGGCAGGCCGGUUGCGCCGGGGCUGGGCGCGGCACCUGAGACGGGCGGCGGGUGCGCAUGCCUGUAUCAGAACUUCGAUCUUGGCUGA